UCCACUCAUGAUCCUCGACUCCAGAUAUAGUACUCGGGUUUCUGGCCUUCCAAGAUUUGGGACAGUUGCAAUCACCAAUGGUCUGGAUUUACAGAACCAUAGGCCCACUUGUAAAACUGAAAACGAAGUAACGUGCACAUCCUCGGGUCCAUUACAGUUGCAGCUAUCCCUUUCUGUAGCCCUUUACACCCUCACUCCAUUUCCUCUUAAGGGUCUGCUUCUUCUUUAUUUCUUCAACAGAACUCAUCAUGGGUGCUGUUUUUCAUCCAUGUCAUUGGCCUCAGAUGGUUCUUACUAAAAAUUCUCUCAAAUGCCUUGAUUUUGAUUCUUCUGAGUGAUACUUCCUCCUCUGCGUGUUUUCAAACUCUCUUGUGGUGCCAAUGCCACCUGUGUACUUACCUCUGCGGUGGGAGAGCACUGGAGACCAGUGGUGGUAUGCCUCCCCCAUCGAUUGGGCAGCAGCCAAUGGCCACUAUGAUGUUGUCCUUGAGCUCCUCCGCCUAGAUGCUAAUCUCCUCAUCAAGCUAACCUCCCUUCGCCGGAUUCGCCGCCUUGAGACUGUCUGGGAUGAUGAUGCCCAGUUUGUCGAUGCCGCCAUGUACCGCUCCAUCGUCGCACGGAACCUUCUCCUCGAAUGUGAAACCAAGAAAGAAAGGAAUUCUCUAAUCUGUGCCGGCUACGGUGGGUGGCUUCUAUACACUGCCGCCUCAGCUGGGGAUAUGGUUUUCAUUCAGGAAUUGCUAGAGCGGGAACCGCUUCUAGUUUUUGGAGAAGGAGAGUAUGGCGUCACCGAUAUAUUCUAUGCUGCUGCCAGGAGCAAAAAUUCUGAGGUUUUCAAGCUCUUAUUUGAUUAUUCGGUUUCACCACGGUGCUCUUUGGGCUGUGGUGGAGAAUUGGUGGUGAGAUCGCAUGAAAAUGUUCCUUCAAUUUUUAGGUGGGAGAUGAUGAACAGGGCUGUUCAUGCUGUGGCUAGAGGAGGGAACUUGGAGAUUUUGAGGGAGUUUCUUGGAUAUUGCUCUGAUGUUUCGGCUUACAGAGAUGUGCAGGGCUCUACUGUGUUGCAUGCAGCCUCCGGUAGAGGACAGGUUGAGGUAGUUAAGGAUCUAGUGGCAUCAUUCGACAUUAUCAGGAUGAAAGAUAAUCAAGGUAACACAGCAUUGCAUGUUGCAGCUUACCGAGGCCAUUUAUGCGUGGUAGAAGCUCUCAUUCACGCAUCUCCCUCAACCACAUCUUCAAUAAACAAUGCAGGAGACACCUUCCUCCACAUGGCAGUGGCUGGCUUCAGGACUCCUGGUUUCCGACGGUUGGAUCGGCAAAUUGAGCUCAUGACACAGUUAGUCUGCGGAAAGAAAGUAAAUUUGCAAGAGAUCAUAAAUAUCAGGAACAACCAUGGAAGAACGGCGCUUCAUAUGGCUGUCACUGGGAACAUCCACUCCAAUCUGGUCGAGCUCUUGAUGUCUGUCCAAUCAAUCGAUCUAAAUAUCCGUGACGCCGAUGGCCUGACACCAUUGGAUGUCCUCAGCCGGCGCCCACAAUCGGCGUCAUCAGAAAUACUUAUAAAGCACCUGGUUUCUGCUGGAGGGAUCUCGAAGUCAAAGGAUCAUGUGGCCAGAAGUGCUAUUGCAUCUCACCUAAAGUUGCAAAGUACCAGUAGCAGCAGCCCUGGAACUUCUUUCAGAAUCUCAGAUGCUGAGAUAUUCUUAUAUGCGAGUAUUGAAAAUGGAUUGGAUGCCAGCGGCGAUGGAGGCAGUGAGAGGCUAAGUUCAUGCUCGAGCACCAGCAAGAGUGAAUUCAGUCACAUUGAGACUGUCAACGAUAAUCAUGGUUUUCUGAGUAACAAUAAGAAACUGACUUCUGUUAAUUACGCAGCAAGGCGUCUGAAAAUUCUUCUUGGCUGGCCUCACCGAAAAGAGAAGAAAGUCGAUUGCAAUUUCACAGAAUCAUAUAGAAUUUUGGAAGACAAUGACUUGUUUGAGUCGUCCAAGAAAUUCAGCAGUUUUGAGGACAUGCCAAUCCCACUACGGCAGCAAUUCUCCAGACCAUCAAUACUUCCCAACAAUAAGCGGACUCUCUCUGUUAGGAGUUCUUUGCCAAGUCCAUCAACAAAGAAGAAAUUCGCGGCUGGUCUGAUGCACGGUGUCAUUCAAGCUAUACCACAUUUGGGUUUUCCUUCCCACUCCCGUUCGAGCUCUUUCUCGAGGUCUCCAUUGUCUUCUCCUAUGUUGUUGGACAAACAGAAGGUCAUCCUAUUGGAUAAUGAGAGCAGCGGGCCAUCUUGUUCAAAAACAUCCUUUGAUGAUGGGACCCAAGACAUGUCACCAAAGUCAAUUUUAGCUAAUAAUAAGUUGAUGAACCAGUAUUUCUGCUUUGGGGCGCAAGGCCUUUCUUUGGAUGACUCAAUUUGCAGGCCACAAUCAAGUCGGGCCUACAAGCAUUCAGUUCUCUCAAUGGCUUGACAGAGGUGAAAUGUCAGUUGUUUUCAUUAUAUUGGACUAAAUGCAAAGGUGUUCUGUGGGGGAGUUCUAGCUCGGCAUCUUCCCAGGCUUAAUAUCUGUUUGUCUGUAUGAAGGUUAGUAAGGUCUGUAACUGUUUCUUCGUUCUUUGCAUUUACAUUUCAUUACAUAUUUGCUUGUGUGAUUUGCUUGUACAAUCUAUUUAGAUUAUUCAAUGGGCUUUUCUGUUG